AUGCACUUAACGGCUCACCUCUUCCUUUUUUCUUCUCUUCCCAUCCAACGCAUUCCCAGGAGAUGGAGUACAAGCAUUUACUUCACACGCCCAUGGCUCUGGAGGGAUGGCAUGUGGUAUAUGCCAAGCGGCCAGGGCCGCAUGCUGAUGGUAGCGGCAUCUUCUACCGCACUGAAAGAUUCCGAGUUUUGCGUUCGCAUUCGCUUCAAGCGUGACUGCAUUGCUGUUGUUGCUGCCUUUCAAGAGAUCGAUCCACCAGGCUCCUCCAACUCCUCUGAAACGGCUGGGGGUUCUUCUACACAGGGCGCACCUGGUGGAGGUCGCAUUGUCAUUGUGGUCUCGUCCCACAUAUACUGGAACCCCAACUGUCCUGAUGUGAAAUUGGCACAGGCCCAGUACCUGCUGCAGGAAGUGGCGCGAUUCAGAUCAGAUUUAGAAGCUCUUUAUAAUCACCAUUACCACGGGCCAUCGCAGCGAAGUGCUGACUUUCAGUUAAGAGGAGGCGGAUCUCACAUGGAUGGUUCGUGCGUGGAGGGGAAGGAGAUGAAUCAUUUUCCGGUGGUCAUUUGUGGUGACUUCAACUCGCAGCCUGGAGACCCGGUGUAUACAUAUCUUGUUUCUGGCGGCACAAGCAAUGAGGGGUACCAAGAAGAUUGCGCUAGUGGCGAGGGCUAUGCGGGUGGUUGCUCAGCAGCCAAUCCUACGCCCAUUCCACUUGCAAGUCUCAAUGCGUUGGCGUCCAAAGAGAGGUCCAUGUGCCAUGCUGCACAUGCUUCACCGACUGAUUGGGAGGACUUGCCGCAGAACCUCGAGCCCGCGUUUACGAGCUUCACUGCGGAGUUCAAGGCAACCGUAGACUACAUUUUUGUAUCUAGGGAUUCCGGAGGUUUUUCUGUGCACUCCACUCUAUGGAUUCCUAAUGAUUCUGAUGCUCACUUGGCUGGGGGUUUGCCAAACCUCUUUUUCCCUAGCGACCAUUUACCUAUCGGAGGGGAUGUUGUAUUUGUUACUUGA